UGUCUAACUUUCCGGAAACAGACAACGAGGCGAGUGAAACAUUCCGCACCGGCUCCUUCUCUUUGUCCAUCCAGCUCCCCGCUGAACAACAUCCACAGCAGCACCAUGGCGACUGUCGUAGAUACCAAACUAUACGACAUUCUCGGGGUUUCUCCAUCCGCAACUGAAAACGAGCUGAAGAAGUCAUACCGGAAGCUGGCAAAAGAAUACCACCCGGACAAGAACCCAAAUGCUGGUGACAAGUUCAAAGAAAUUAGUUUUGCCUAUGAGGUGUUGACCAACCCUGAAAAGAAGGAACUUUAUGACCGCUAUGGAGAACAAGGCUUGCGGGAAGGAGGCGGGGGCGGCCCGGGGAUGGACGACAUCUUCUCCCACAUCUUUGGAGGAGGACUUUUUGGAUUCAUGGGAGGACAGGGCAGUCGCUCAAGGAAUGGAGGUCGGCGGAGAGGAGAGGACAUGGUCCACCCACUCAAGGUGUCACUAGAGGAUGUUUACAAUGGGAAGACAACUAAACUUCAACUCAGCAAGAAUGUACUCUGUAGCACUUGUAGCGGGCAAGGAGGCAAGACAGGCGCUGUUCAAAAGUGUACCACGUGUAGGGGGCGUGGCAUGCGCAUCAUGAUCAGACAGCUGGCCCCGGGAAUGGUCCAACAGAUGCAGUCUGUGUGUACCGACUGUAACGGAGAAGGUGAAGUUAUCAGCGAGAAAGACCGCUGUAAAAAAUGCGAGGGCAAGAAAGUUGUGAAGGAGGUGAAGAUUCUGGAGGUGCACGUGGACAAGGGCAUGAAGCACGGCCAGAAAAUCACCUUUGGAGGGGAGGCUGACCAGGCACCCGGCGUCGAGCCUGGGGACAUUGUCCUAGUCCUGCAGGAAAAGGAGAACGAGACAUUCAGGCGAGAUGGCAACGACCUGUUCAUGAACCACAAGCUGGGGCUGGUGGAGGCGCUGUGCGGCUUCCAGUUUAUGCUGAAACACUUGGAUGAGAGGCAGCUUGUUGUGAAGUAUCCUCCUGGCAAAGUCAUUGAACCAGGCUCGGUCAGGGUGGUGCGGGGAGAGGGCAUGCCACAGUACCGAAACCCCUUUGAGAAGGGAGAUCUGUACAUCAAGUUUGAUGUCCAGUUCCCCGACAACAACUGGAUCAGCCCUGAGAAGCUUGUGGAGCUGGAGGACAUGCUGCCCUCGCGGUCGGAGCCGCCCAUCAUCACCGCAGACACGGAGGAGGUGGACUUGCAGGACUACGACGUCAGCCAGAGCUCGUCAUCGGGCGGCCGCAGAGAGGCCUACAACGACAGCUCCGACGAGGAGGGCGGCCACCACGGGCCGGGCGUACAGUGUGCCCACCAGUAGAAGUCGCAUAAUGUAUUUAAGAUGAAUCCAAACAAACGGCCCCUGGGAACGCGCUGUAGGACUAUGAUCUGGUGUUCUAGGUGAAGCCCCUCCACCCUUCCUUCACCCCCAAUAUAAUUACAUUCCCCCCGUAGGUGGAAGCUCCAGAUAAAAGAAAGAAAUGUUUCUUGUUUGCUGAGUGACUUUUUUUUUUUUUUUUCCCCAUAGGAUUUACGAAAAAUUAUUUAAAAUUAACCAAUGUGCAUACAUAGACCAAACAGCUGGGCAAUGCGACCUCGGACUCGUGCAUUCAUGGGUUCAUUUAUUCGGCGCCAUUCGUAGGACAUGUUUCUGAUUUUUUUUUUUACAGCUUUAUUUUCUUUGUUUUAAUAAAACAGAAAAUUGGUUAUUGUGUGUAUCAUUGGACUGGUUGUUGGUAAGCUUCAUCAGCUGCUGUGUUCAAGGCUGUGAUUUUUUUUUUUUUUUAAAUGACAAGUGAAAAUAUGACAAAUGUAGAGCUUGUAUCUGUGCAGAGACCAUGUGCAUGUAAACAAGCUUUGGUUCCUGCACUUAUGAAACAAAUAAAGCAGCACACUUCUUAAGAAAAUGUCUAUGAAGUUGUUGAAUAAAUGGUUGAAAUAGCAA